UGGAACUUCCACCAUACUGCUGAUACCUACCCAAGCCUUUCAGAUCUACUCCAGUCCCUGGGGGUUGGGGCUAGGGGAUGCAGAGGGUAGGGGAAGUUUCGAGAAACAGUCCACGUGUUCAUCCCAAAUGGCACUCUGUUUCCUAUAUAGUGCACUACUUUCGACCAGGGCCCUGCUCUACAGUAGCAGACUAUAAAGGGAAUAAGGUGCCGUGUGGGACACAGGCCAUGUUUGUCAGAACUGUAGACAAUCCAGGGAAGCAGGAACCUCCCCUCCAUUCUGCCAGAUGCACAGGAUAUUCCUUUCUUUGUUUGUGAGAAAACGUCAGCACUCAGACCGCUGGUUCAACGCAGGCAGAGGACCUGAAAGAGCUGGUUCAACGCAGGCAGAGGACCUGAAAGAGCUGGGUCAACACAGGCAGAGGACCUGAAAGAGCUGGGUCAACACAGGCAGAGGAGCUGAAAGAGCUGGGUCAACACAGGCAGAGGACCUGAAAGAGCUGGUUCAAGGCAGGCAGAGGACCUGAAAGAGCUGGUUCAACGCAGGCAGAGGACCUGAAAGAGCUGGUUCAACGCAGGCAGAGGACCUGAAAGAGCUGGUUCAACGCAGGCAGAGGAGCUGAAAGAGCUGGUUCAACACAGGCAGAGGAGCUGAAAGAGCUGGGUCAACGCAGGCAGAGGAGCUGAAAGAGCUGGGUCAACGCAGGCAGAGGAGCUGAAAGAGCUGGGUCAACACAGGCAGAGGACCUGAAAGAGCUGGUUCAACGCAGGCAGAGGACCUGAAAGAGCUGGGUCAACACAGGCAGAGGAGCUGAAAGAGCUGGGUCAACACAGGCAGAGGACCUGAAAGAGCUGGUUCAACGCAGGCAGAGGAGCUGAAAGAGCUGGGUCAACGCAGGCAGAGGAGCUGAAAGAGCUGGGUCAACACAGGCAGAGGACCUGAAAGAGCUGGGUCAACACAGGCAGAGGGAGCUGAACGAGCUGGUGACAUUUGACAAUAUAUUGGCAAAGAGGGACAGAACCAUGACUGAAGCUACACCACUGAGAGAGAUGGCGCUGAAACGGCAGCCUGAGUCUGAUGGGUGUGGCUCAACAAAUCAUGAUGGGUCUGGUUUGACCGCUGACCUGAGGAUUGUGUUGCUAGGGAAGACUGGAGCAGGGAAGAGCGCAACAGGAAACACCAUCCUGGGGAAGGAGGUGUUUAAAGUGGACUCUUCCCCUGCGUCAGUGACCGGACAGUGUGAGAGACAGAGUGGAGAGGUCAACGGGACGACGGUUCAUGUGGUUGACACGCCGGGCCUCUUCGACACAGCCCGGUCGGACGAAGAGGUGAAGGAGAAAAUAGAGGAGUGCGUUAACAUGUCCGUCCCGGGCCCCCACGCCUUCCUGCUGGUGAUCAGGCUGGGGGUGAGGUUCACAGAGGAGGAGAGGAACGCCGUGAGGUGGAUCCAGGAGAACUUCGGAGAGGACGCCUCCAUGUACACCAUCUUGCUGUUCACCUGUAAAGACCAGCUGAAGGGGAAACAGGUGACAGAUUCUCUGAAGAUGUGUAAAGAGCUGCGGAGACUCUCCAUCACGUUAGGAGGCGGGUAUCACUCGUUCAACAACGACGCCAAAGACGACCCGGCUCAGGUCCCAGAGCUGCUGGAGAAGAUCAAAGAGAUGGUGGAGCUGAAUGGAGGAGAGCACUACACCAACCAGAUGUACCAGAAGGCUCAGAGGAAGAUCAGAGAGGCGGAGGAGAGGAGGAGGGAGGAGGAGGAGAGGAGGAGGGAGGAGGAGGAGAGAAAGUUAAAAGAAGAGGUAAAGGUCGAGAUAGAGAAAGAAAAGGAGGAAGAGAAAAGGGAGAAGGUAGAUAAAAAGAGGAAUCUCCACAUCGCUCUAGCAGUAACAGUAGUGUGUGUAGUAGUAGGGGUGAUCAUAGCAGCUGCUGCUGAUACCACAGUGGCCCUGGCUCUAGCUCCACUCCUACUGGUGCUGGGAGCAGCCAGUGGAAUAACGGCUAUCUGUCUAAAGAAUGGAAGGUGUGGAGCUAAAACACCCGACUCCGUAGCUGUAUAACGAUCACAUACUGUAUACCUCAUUAAGGCUGUUUUUACACUGGCAACACAAUUCUGAUCUUUUGCCACUAAUUGGUCUUUUGACCAAACCGAUCAAUUAUCAAUAAUUGGGCAAAAUAUCAGAAUUUGUCUGCCCGUGUAAAGAUCAGAAUUAGGUUACCUGUGUAAAGAUCAGAAUUAGGUUACCUGUGUAAACGAGGCCGAACAAGACCUAACAACAAAAACAUAGAUUGAAUGAUUGAUAGAUAGAUAGAUAGAUAGAUAGAUAGAUAGAUAGAUAGAUAGAUAGAUAGAUAAAAAUUGUCUUAAAUCUGUUCCCUUAAGUAUUUCUCUGGGUGUCCAGUGAUCUAUUUAUUUUAUCAUGUGUUCAGGAAUAACAUUUAUGAACACUUAAUAAAGAGAAGUAAAGAGUCUGA